GGAUCGCUCUGUCGCUCUCUCGCUGCCGGCUAGGAGGAGCCUGCGUUUGGCACUAGGACACAGUUUGAUUGUUAGCGCGGCGCUGUGGAUUCAGAGGACGGAGGAGUCAGAGGAGUGAGGAGCAGUGGCCGUGCGGCUCCCGGCGCUCGGCUAUCAUCAGCUCAACGCAACAGACGGACGGCACUAGCGCAUCAGCUCAGAUUCAAGGGAAAGCAAAACAGACCGCACUUUUCUCACCUUGUUUUCAAUGGCAACAAGCUACGAGGCGCCCGCCCCCCCCCCCCCCCCCCCUAGAAUCUAAUUUUAUUACGAAUGUAACCCAUUUUGAGAAGUUCCACUUUUGUGGCGUAACUGAGUGUAUGCCACUUCAACGCUGAGGAGUGGAGACUGGACGGUUUCACAAGUAAUCUUUUGAAAUUAUUUAUUCUGCAAAUGGCCCAGCAUCUUUGGACUUAGCCCCAGCGCACCGGAGGUAUUGGCUCUUGUUGGGGGAGGCGGUGUCCCGGAGCCGCGAUUUUCGCAAGGGGAUUACGCAGAGAGUCUGUCCCUUAAAUCCGCCUGGUGCAGUUCCGCCGGAGUGCUGCCGUGUAGAUUGGAGCAACGAACGCGAGUUGUGCCGCCGGUCCACCGGAGCUCAUCAGGAACUGCUGCGCACUGCCGAGACUGCAAGAGAAAACACUCUAGACCGACUCCAUCGCAACUUCGACACUGGGCUACAAACAGACAGCGGCCAUGCCAUGGGCGUUUGAGAAACAACUAGGUCUGCUGGGGGCUGUCAUUCAUUUACAUUAACCCCGGGGCAGGAAACUCGUCAAAAACCACCCCCCACCCCCCCUUCCCUUUUCCCAAGCGCUCUGCGCUGGGGCCGCACGCAUCGCCAUGGGAACGGUGCUGUCACUGUCGCUGUCGCCGGGGGCGCGGAAGCCCAGUUACUACGACGACCGGACCACCUCCCUCUGCCACUACCCCAGCCUGAGCGGCCCCGCCCUGGGGGGCCCCAAAGACCACGGCGGGACCGGCGGGGGCCUCCGGCGGAGCUCCAUCCUGCUGCCCGCCCUCACCUGGAAGCGGCUGGUGGCCUCCACCAAGAAGCGCGGCUGUCGCAAGGGCCUCCCGCCGGGCGGCCCCCCGCCCCCCGGGGGCCCCCUCAACAACAACAACAACUACCAGCGCGAGGUGGCGCACCUCAACCGGCAGAACGUGAAGAAGUCGCUCUCCUGCGCCAACCUCUCCAGCUACGACGCCGCAGGGCCGGGGCGGGCCCUGCCCCCAGGGACACGGGGCCCGGCGGGGGUGGGCUCCCCGCCCAAGCGGGUGGUGGUCCAGGCCUCCACCAGCGAGCUCCUGCGCUGCUUGGGUCACUUCCUGUGCGGCCGCUGCUACCGGCUGAAGCACCUGUCCCCGGCCGAGCCCGUCCUGUGGCUGAGGACCGUGGACCGCUCCCUCCUGCUCCAGGGCUGGCAGGACCUGGCCUUCGUCACGCCCGCCAACGUGGUCUUCCUCUACAUGCUGUGCCGGGACGUGGUGGACGGGGACGCGGUGGUGAGCGAGAGGGAGCUCCAGGCCACCCUGCUGACGUGCCUCUACCUGUCGUACUCCUACAUGGGCAACGAGAUCUCCUACCCGCUCAAGCCCUUCCUGGUGGAGCCGGGGAAGGAGGCCUUCUGGGAGCGCUGCCUGCGCAUCAUCAACGCCAUGAGCGGGGAGAUGCUGCGCAUCAACGCCGACCCGCACUUCUUCACGCAGGUGUUCGCCGAGCUCAAGGGCGAGGGCGCGUGCGGGCCGCAGGACUACGGCCGGGUUCUGGAGCGGUGA